CUGCUCGCCGGAUGACUUCCGGAGAAGGGGAGAAGUUGCGGCGAGCCGGUUUUGGGGCGGCGGGCCGGUUUUGGGGCGGCGGCGUAAUGACCACUCUUCGGGCCUUCACGUGUGACGACCUGUUCCGCUUCAACAACAUUAACUUGGAUCCACUUACAGAAACUUAUGGGAUUCCUUUUUACUUACAGUACCUUGCCCAUUGGCCAGAGUAUUUCAUUGUUGCAGAGGCACCUGGUGGAGAGUUAAUGGGUUAUAUUAUGGGUAAAGCAGAAGGCUCAGUUGCUAGGGAAGAAUGGCAUGGACAUGUCACAGCUCUGUCUGUUGCCCCAGAAUUUCGACGCCUUGGUUUGGCUGCUAAACUUAUGGAGUUGCUAGAAGAGAUUUCAGAAAGAAAAGGUGGAUUUUUUGUUGACCUCUUUGUAAGAGUAUCUAACCAAGUUGCAGUCAACAUGUAUAAGCAGUUGGGCUACAGUGUGUACAGGACGGUCAUAGAGUACUACUCAGCCAGCAAUGGGGAGCCGGACGAGGACGCUUAUGAUAUGAGGAAAGCACUUUCCAGGGACACUGAGAAGAAAUCCAUCAUACCGUUACCUCAUCCCGUGAGGCCAGAAGACAUUGAAUAACCCUGGGCAGUGGUUCUUAGGCUGAUGUUCCAGAUAUUUUAUGGACAGUAUUAUUUCCACUGGAUGAUCUUAGAGCUCUUUUAGAGAAAAAUAUUCAUUUAGGUCUUAAAUGAUUUCAAUAAAAUAUUUUAAAUCUCAUUGUUUUCAGUUAGCAAUAUCAUACCUACUAAAGCUGUCCACUGUGAUAAAAUUCAAUCAGAAAGGCAGCUAAGUCAGAGGGAAAGUGUACCAUCAUGGUUCAUAAGAUGCUAGGGGAAAAAAACUUGCUCCAGUCUCCUAAUUUUGUGCCUGAGAACCACUGCUGCAUAGAUAUAUAUUUUAUUUUGUAUUGACGUAUUGACUGAAGCUUUAAAAGCAUAUAUGAAGUGCUAAACUUAAGAUGUAUAAUAAAAUGUACUAUUGAUGCUACAAAUGUUUCCUGGAAGUUUGUCAAACUAAAUUAGGAUUGAGAAGGUAUCAUUUUAGGAUAUUUUGUUUCUUCAUUAAGUUUUUGGUUUAUAUAUAAAACAUUUUUUUUUAUUGUCUUUAAACACUCCCUGCCUGGCAUACUGAAGCUUCUUCCUUAAUGCAGAAUAAAUUCUUCCCAGUUACUUGUUUUCACACUCUUAGUUCCAGGUUCUUUGUUUUGUCCCAUAAAUAAUUUCCUUAAAUCCUGCCUUUCAAAAUAUAAAAAGAUGCUGAAAUUUAUUUAAAGGGGAAAAAGAAUCUAAUUCCUAAAGGCCAUGUAACUAGAUCAUAGGCCAACCACAUAUUCUCAUGUGUAAUUUUAAUCACUUGUAAUCAGAAAAUAUUGAGUAAAAGAAGUAGCUAAAGAAAAACCCACAGAAAUGAUUAUUAAAGAGCUUUUACUUUAGAAAGAACUUAUUUUGGUAGAGUUAAAGAUGAUCAAGAAAUGAAUCCUUUAUGAUCUACCAUGAAAGAAAAACUUUAUCUUUCAUGCAUUUCCUUAAUGGCACUUCCCAGAAAGUAUUAAAAGAGUUUGCUUUGAAACCAUGAUCAGUAAUUUUCUUUUCUUACACAUACAAGUAACAUAAACAGAAUUUUAGCUAGACUCUAUAACCUGACACCACAACUGCUGAUACUGGUCCAACGAUUGAAUCAGUGAGGUUGAAGACAGGUUUCCCUUCUAUUCUAGCAGUCCUAUUUUGUUCUGCCCUCAAAAACUACCUUAUUUUCAAGAUAAAAAUUUAGUAACAUACUGACUAACUUUUAUUCCUGUGGAAUAAAAGUGCAAAUAUAUUUGCAAAUAUA